AUGCUGUUUGAAGAAACUUUAAGAAACAACACCUUCUAUAGCGACAACAUUAGCGAUGGCAACCAUUACAGUCGACACGAUGACCCGUGGGGCCCGAGGAGAGACCCGCUACCGGUCGUCGUGCCCGUGACGCUCAUCUACACUCUGAUAUUUGCCACGGGGAUUGUGGGCAACGUGAGCACGUGUAUAGUGAUCGCCCGAAACAAGUACAUGCACACGGCCACCAAUUACUAUCUGUUCAGUCUUGCCGUGUCCGACCUGCUGCUGCUGUUGACCGGAUUGCCGCAGGAGAUUUAUCAAACAUGGUCCAGAUAUCCAUAUGUGUUUGGAGAGAUGUUUUGCAUAAUCAGAGGGUUUGCAGCAGAGACGUCGACGAAUGCUACUGUAUUGACAAUUACAGCGUUUACCAUUGAAAGAUAUGUUGCAAUUUGUCAUCCGUUUAUAUCACACACAGAAUCCAGUCUUCCGAGAGCAUUUAAAUACAUUUUAAUCAUUUGGGUCAUAGCGUUGACACUUGCUUUUCCUCAGGCCAUACAGAUGGGACUCGUGUACGGACGCGAACAGGACGGCACGAUCAUACCAGAGCUGUCCACGUGUGGGCUGGCCAACAAGCUGCCGUACUCGUUCGAACUGUCUUCGGUACUGUUCUUCCUGGCUCCGUGGACGCUCAUCGUCGUCCUGUACAUACUCAUCGGCCUCAAGCUGUACAAAUCCAAGCGCGACUCGUCCAGGACAACGUGCUCGGCCCACUGCCGGCACACCGCAUGCCUGAGCUCCACCAACACCAGGGCCACAGGGCGUGUAGUGAAAAUGCUUGUUGUCGUGGUGGUGGCCUUUUUUGUCUGUUGGGCGCCGUUUCAAGCCCAAAGGCUGGUUGCCAUCUACGGAGACGUUAAUCACGAGGACCAUUCGAGCACUUCGAUAAUCGAUGCAAACGUCUAUCAGGUGCUAAACUACGUAUCGGGAAUCUUGUACUAUUUGUCGGCCACUAUCAACCCGCUUCUGUACAAUCUCAUGUCGUACAAAUUCCGGACUGCUUUCAAAGAAACUUGGAGAUCUUGCAAAGGGGCCAGUGGAAUAAGUCCCGAUCACGGCAUGCCCACCUUGGACUACAAAUGGCAAAGACACCACAGCCAUAGCAGAAGCUUCAGCAGCAGUCAUUUUGACGAGGUGAAUUCGAUGAAACGACUGAUGGCCAACAAGUCCUGGCAACCUACGAUCGUAGCGAUAAAUGAGACGGGUGACACAGGUACGUCGUCGGCCGUGGACAAAUCACUGCGGUUUCCACGCAAAAUGAUCUUCAGCAAACAAGACGCAAUCAAAGAAAGCAGCACGGCAAUGCUGGAAAACGGAAUUACUGUUGGCGUGUUGACCAAUAACGACAGGACAACCACGAUGCUGAUGACGCCGAAUUAA